AUGCAAUCCAAUUUGCCUUUAAAUUGUUCUUUGGAAAAUAAGUUGGAAAACCUAAAUUUAUGUGGAAACUCAUUCGGAUAUGGCCAUAAUUCUUCUUCGCAAUAUAAAUUAAGGGAUAAGACUGGAUAUCCUCCAGACACACCUCAAAAGUAUGUCAAUGACAUGAAAACAGCAAGACACAACACAAGAGCGAUGUUGUUUGAUUCUGAAAGAGGCCCUUUGAGCCCGAAAGCUACUGAAAAUAAUUAUUGCAGAGCAAGUCCUAGCCCUAUGGUUAACAGACCAAGUACAGUUUUUAGCCCAGUCGGUGGACCUUCAAGUUCAUUUGAAAAAAUUCGUCAAGAUCUUCUCCAAUCAGGCCAUUUGUUUUGCGAUUCUGCUUUUCCAGCUGAUGACUCAAGUCUUUAUUACAGUCAAAGACCACCAUGUCAAAUUGUCUGGAUGCGUCCAAGUGAAAUAGUUGCUGCGAUCAGCGGAGGUGGUUCCAUGGGUAUAACCCCAAGAAAGAUAUCAACACCAGAAUUCAUUGGUGAAGGUGGAAUCAAACUCGGCGAACUGAGACAGGGAGAAUUAGGAGAUUGUUGGGUAGUUGCUGCAUUGGCUGCUAUAGCCGGCCAACCGAGUCUUCUUAGUCGUACUAUUCCUACUGGACAGUCGUUUCGAGUAGAAUGGUAUGCUGGCAUAUUUGCCUUUCGAUUCUGGCGUUUUGGGCGUUGGGAAGAAGUUUAUAUUGAUGAUCGUCUUCCAGUUAAAUCUGGUGGUCAACCGUUGUUUGUACAUUCUGGACGUUUAACAGAAUUUUGGCCAACGUUAUUGGAAAAAGCUUACGCAAAACUAAAUGGGUCAUAUGAAGCUUUGAAUGUUGGACUUGUCGGAGAUGCAAUGGAUGAUCUGACUGGUGGUUUAACAGAAUCAUAUACACUUCCAGGGGCAGAAGACCACGGACUUCAACCUCCAUCCGACUUAGACGAUAUAUUAAUAAAAUCGUUUGAUCGUCGAAGUUUGAUUACAGCUCGCAUAAAGACUAAAGGAGUACCUGGUCCAGGUUUUGUCAUACCAGUAGGAUUUGUACCUGGUCAAGCAUUUGGUUUAACAGAUUGUCGAAAGCUUCGAUUGACGGAUGCAUCAGGAAGUCGUUUACUCCGUUUAGUUCGCUUAAGAAAUUUAUGGCCUUCAGUUCGUGUGGACUGGACAGGUGCAUGGUCAGAGGGUUCAACAGAAUGGCUUAGUCUUCCACCACAAGACCGUUUAAAAGUUGGCUUGGUGAAAGCUCAAGAAGAGUUUUGGAUGUCCCUUGAAGAUUUUAUUGCCAAUUUUGACUAUUUGGAUAUUUGUCAUCUAACAGAGCCACCUCCAGUAAUUUCUAAAUCUUCUAGUGCUUAUCAUUCGUUACAUAAUUUCCCAUCAGUUCACUUACGUGGUCGAUGGCUUCGAGGUGUGUCAUGUGGAGGUCGACCAUACAUCCGUGCAAGUCACUGGGCGAAUCCUCAAUUUCGACUGGUAAUUAAUUCACCUGAUCCAAAUGAUCCUGAUGGGUUCGCUACAACCGUAAUUGCUUUAAUGCAAGCUGAUCGUCGUCGUCUACGUCAUCGUGCUCCUCGACUCGCAUCUAUUGGAUUUGUUUUAUAUCGGCUUCCAGCUGGUGCUAAUCCACCAAUGCCACGUGGAUUUUUUGAAACUAAUCAUCAUAUAGCUAGUGUGGAUUUUUUCUUCGAUUCUAGAGAAGUUGUUAAACGGUUAAAAUUAACACCAGGUCAUUAUCUUCUUGUUCCAUGUACAUAUGCAGCUGAUCAACCAGGUGAAUUUUUAUUACGUUUAUUAUUUGACAAUCCGGAUAGAAUUUGCGAAUCCACUUUGGAACGCGUAGAACUUAGCGGUUUAGCUGCAACUGGACCAGAGCUUGAUCCAAACUAUGAAUUAUUUCAGCCACGUCUUAGACGAUUAUUUUAUGAAGCUUCAGGUGAAUCGAUGGCUGUUGAUGCGUUUCAGUUGGAACCAAUACUUAAUUGCCUUUUGCGAGAUGAUCAUCGGGCACCAUACAGUAUGGUUAGUACAGAUGCUUGUCGAUCUCUGGUAGCCCUUCUCGAUCGUGAUGGGACAGGACGUUUGUGUGAAUCAGAUUUUCGACGAGUCUGGGAUAUUCUACGAUCAUGGUCUCGCCUGUUUGCAAGUUUUGAUCCACAGAGAACUGCUCAUGUAACGAGUUUGGACUUUCGAAUUAUUGUUGAACAAGCGGGUUAUACUCUUCCACACACACUAUUUUCUAAACUUGUGAACCGAUUUGUUAAUGUAGAUUGGCGUCUUGAUUAUCCGCAUUUCAUCAGCGCUAUGUCACUUAUAACAAAAGCAGUUGCAAUUUUUAAGAAUUUUGAUCAUGGUGGACGAGCUGUUCUACCCUUGGAACAAUUUGUCGAAAUCGCAAUGACAAUGUAA